AUGGUUCGUCCUCCGCCAAAGUCUUUAGAAGAUUUUCUAUAUUACAAGCUCCUUGAUUCGCGGGCGUUCAAUAAUUUUGUGCGUCGGGUUCAUGCAAGAAUCAAUAGAAUACCGUAUUACGAAUUAGAUGCUAGGUAUAAUGAAGAACAUAUGAAGUUGGUUAAAAGCUUUAACCCAACGGCCUGGCAUAAAUUCAAAGCAUUUAGAACCAUUUGGUGGGAUGAAAUGAAAAGAUCCUUUACAUUUCGUUCGUGA